AUGGGGAACUGCCAAGCUAUUGAUAAUGCAAGUCUGGUAAUACAACACCCGAAUGGAAGAGUUGAGAGGUUGUAUUCCGCCAUCUCUGCCGCCGAGGUCAUGAAGCUCAACCCUGGUCACUACGUCGCUCUCCUCCUCACCACCACCUUAUACUCUUCCCGCCCACCUUCCACCUCCGCCCCCACCAAACAAAACCACCCUGGUUCCGUCGCUAACACCACGCAGCCCCUCCGUGUUACUCGAAUCAAACUCCUCCGCCCCACCGACACCCUCACCGUCGGCCAUAUUUAUAGACUCAUCACCACCAAAGAUGUGAUGAAAGGAUUAAUGGCGAAGAAGAAUGGGAAA